AGAAGCAGCAGCUGCAGCACAUUUUUGUUCACUCUACCCCCUCGAAGGAACGAGUACAUUCUGGAUUUGAAAAUGCAGGAGCUCGACCAGACUGUGACUAUCGGAGCGACUGUUCCGACCGGAUUCGAGUUUACAGCUGCGGAGGAGGUUCAGGAGAAGCUCGAGGCCACUGCCAGAGUUAGCAAAGACAGAGGCAGAAUAUAUUUUAAUAUAACAACGGAUAAACUUCAAAAGGUGCAUCGCCUGAAGUCUGUAGACAAUCUAUUCGUUGUUGUUCAAGAAUAUGAUAACUACCAGUUCAAGGACACAAAGGAGGAAGUGGAAUUGGAGCUGCAAGAGCUGGCAAACAGGCUGCCUUGGACAAAUGCCUUAGAAGCCUGGAAGUUGAACAACUCGAUAAAGAAGAAGAAAGGACGUCAGAAAAAAACGAACUCCACAAAAUUAGAUAAUUGUGGCAUUGUUGACACCAAAUGUACUCAUACUGUCACAUUAGACCCAGAGAGCCUCUGGGUAGAUCUUGACGAUCUUCAGGUGAGCGAGAACCAAAGAGAUGUCCCUCAUUCAGAAAAUGGCCCACAGGAAGAAAAGCUUUCUGAAAUCGUGGGAUUUGGUCUGGAUUCGGAGGCCAUGCCUUUAAAGUUUCGAGUGACAUGCAGCCGAGCUGGAGACAAACACUGCUUCACCUCGAAUGAUGCUGCACGAGACUUUGGAGGAGCAAUACAAGAGCUCUUUCAUUGGAAAGCAGAUAUGACCAAAUUUGAUGUUGAGGUGCUGUUGAAUAUCCACAAUAAUGAAGUUGUAAUUGGUAUUGCUCUCACAGAGGAGAGUCUGCAUAGGAGGAACAUCACUCACUUUGGCCCCACAACUCUACGGUCUACACUGGCUUAUGGUAUGCUUAGACUUUGCAAGCCACAAGUGUCAGAUGUGAUUGUGGAUCCCAUGUGUGGCACUGGAGCUAUACCUUUAGAGGGAGCCAUAGAGUGGCAGAAUUCUUUCUUUUUAGCAGGAGACAACAAUUACACCGCAGUCAGCCGAACGGGCAAUAAUGUCAAGCACUUUCUAAACAGAAGACAUGAUGAAGGAAGUUUCUCUUUAGGUUUACCAGUAGACAUAGUUCAGUGGGACUUGUGCAACUUACCCAUGAGGAGCAGUUCAGUGGACAUCAUCAUUACGGACCUGCCUUUUGGAAAGAGAAUGGGGUCCAAGAAGAAGAACUGGGAGUUGUACCCUUUAUGUCUUCGGGAAAUGGCUCGAGUUUGUAAACCUGGCACAGGAAAAGCUGUACUACUGACCCAUGACAAAAAGUGUUUCUCAAAGGCAUUAUUGCGAAUGGAAGGGCUGUGGAAGAAAUGGCACACGGUUUGGGUGAAUGUGGGGGGAUUGCAUGCUGGUGUUUUCGUGCUCAAACGCACAGCGAUAGUUUUUGGUACCACUUCUAAAGACAUCAUAGAGCCGAGUAAAGUGAAAAUAUCACAAGAAGAGAAUAUAGAGGAUACAUGGCUGUAAGAGGAUUGGAAGGCAAAUUCCAGCAAAUUUCCAUAUAUUCUGAAAUGAAAUUUUGUUUUUGUUGUGUUCCUCAUGUUUAUUGAUGCUUAGGUUUGUUAUCUUUUUCCACCUUAUUGGUUAGUCUGGGACAUAAUGCCAGACCUUUGAUAGCCCUGACAAUCAAGGAGCCCAAAAUUAAAAAAUAAAAAUAUAAUUAAUGUGUGAUUGUCUCAUGAGGCUCCUUUAAGACUUCAGCAUCACUAUCAUGUCAUCAGGUGUGUUUGGAGGGAACACUGGCAGAAUUUUCCCUCCACACACACAUUCUAAGUAAAAAACUAUGCAAUUUGGAGUGCCAGUUUGAAUCCAGGGGUGCAGAGGUGACUCCAGCCAGGUCUCCUAAUCAACCAAAUUGGCCUGGUUGCUAGGGAGGGUAGAGACACAAGGGGUAACCUCCUCGUGGUCGCGAUUAGGGGUUCUCUAUCUCAGUGGGGCACGUGGUAAGUUGUGCGUGAAAUAAAAAAUUUGUGAGUUUUUUUGAUGGAUUGUGACAGUUGAGAGAGGGUAGUCUUCAUCCCAUUAUACACUGCAACAAAAAUGUUUUUGAUUUGUUUUAGUUUUGGCUUGUUUUACAAUAUAAAUUUCUAUAUUUUGUCUUUACUGCACCAGCAGUAACCAAGUGAAACAUUGCACUUAAAUUGGUGCCCAAAAAUUUGGAAUAAUGUCUGCUCUUAUGGAAAAAUUGGUACUUUUAUUCACCAGAGUGGCAUUCAACUGAUCACAAAGUAUAGUCAGGACAUUAAUAAUGUGAAAAAUUAAUAUUACAAUUUGAAAUAAAUGUUCAGAACUUCUUAAACUACUUCAAAAAUCUUCCACGUGCAGCAAUGAUUCUCAAGUAAAUGUAUCUUGUUUUAAGGAUUUUUAGGUGAUUUUAAAUGGAAAACAAGACAAAAAACACUUGAUACAAUUUUUUGCAGUGAAUUUCUUUACACUAAAAUAUUUCUUCCCACUUUAAUUCAUUGAAUGUCAUUUAGAGGUAUUUUUUAAAAGAUGAUUUUGUCAUCUUUAUUGUAAGCAUGUUUAAUACAAUAAUUUAAUUCUGGGCACAAUUUGAAUAAUUGUUAAGAGCUAAUGAUUAAUUGUUGCAAUAAUUUCAGAAUAAUCUAAUAAUCGUUAGAUUAAUCGAUUAUCAAAGUAAUCGUUUAUUGCAGCCCUAAUUCAAAUGGUUAUUAAUUCAUACAGAACUGAAUCCAAACCUCAAUUUGCAGAAUAUAACCUCAAAUCAUCUGGAUUCCAUAAGAUUAACUGAAAAGAAAGUGUCUGUGUGUGGAACUUAUCACAUCCUUGUAUCAAGUUUAAACCACUGAACAGAAGAAUGCACAGAAUUAAGAUUACAAAUCUUUACUGAACCUUCUAUUUAUUUUGGAAGUACUGGGAGAUUUGGUUAAUGUGUGACUGCAAAUUUAAACAAAAAAAUAAUACCAAUGUUUAACUAAUAAAGAAUUGAGCCAAUAUGAAUAAAGGAUUAUGUGUAUGACUAGAUGCACACGUACACAAACAGACAGUAAAUGGACUAGAUUAUGCACUGUGAAAUGUGGUAACCUGCAAUAGUUACUUGAAAGAGACAUUUCCCUGAUCUAACCUUUAGACUAGACUAUUUAGAAUUUGUGUUGUUUGUGUUACCUAAUGUAUUCAGGUUGAUUCAGUGAUGUUAAAUAAAAUGAUUGA